AUGAGCUCCAGCUUGCUGGAAAACCCGGUGCAGGCGAUUCUGUACCUGCGGGAACUCACCACCAUCGUACAGAACCAGCAGAGUCUCAUCCAGACUCAGCGCUCCCGGAUAGAGGAGCUGGACCGGCGGGUGGACGAGCUCAUCGGCGAGAACAGGCACCUGCAGGACGUCAGGGUACAACAGCAGCAUCCUUACCAUCACCACCAUCAUCAUCAUAACCCCGACCCCAGCUGUCUUCAUCAUCACCACCACCCUCAGGACCCUUGUGCGGAGUCCCUGCCAGAUCAUGCGCCUCCAGCAGCACCGGUCGAGGCGGCUCCGGGGGUCCAGCCGUCGCCUCAACCUAUGGACCCUGGAGACAUGCAGCUGGUCCCGGCCGACCCGUCCAUGGUGUCCCCGGUUGAAAGUGACCCAGAAAACGGUGGAAGUUGCACCACUUUGGUUCCGAUAACCUCGACAACCCUUUGUCGAUCCUUGGCCCUGACUAAGAAAUCCGAGAGCGAGACAGUUCUGCAUCAGUUUUGUUGCCCUGCCCCUGAGCAUCCAGAGGCCGACACCACUGGCUCAUCUGGCGGACAGAUGCUGAGCCUAGAGGAUGGAACGUCCUCUGGUGGAGAACUUGAGGGAACCAAGAGGGAGGGACCCAGCGAGUAUGAGAUCACCCUGGAGAAUAAAAACAAACAGAUAGAGGAACUGGAGCAGAAGUAUGGAGGCCAUCUCAUAGCGAGGCGGGCCGCCCGUCGUAUCCAGACAGCUUUCCGUCAGUACCAGCUCAGCAAGAACUUCCAAAAGAUCCGUAACUCGCUCUCGGAGAGCAAGUUGCCCCGCCGGAUCUCACUGCGCCAUCCCAGCCCUUCAGGCCAAAACCUGAACGCUGCCCAGAGACAUAGUUACAGUCUACAUCCGGGAGGAGGACAGAUACCUUUGCGCUCAAAAACACCACCUCCGCCUCCGUGUCGCUCCACCUCUCUGCCUCCUUCUCCUGCAUCUGCCCCAACAGCUGCUCCUUCCGCUGGCCCAGGCCCAGUUCCAGCUCCUGGUCAGACACUCACACAGCUGGAGGACUGCUUCUCUGAACAACUGCACUCCUUGGCCCAGUCAAUUGAUGAUGCCCUUCGUGGUUGGAGCUUGUCAGAGGGUGGAGAGGGGAAGGGCCUACUGAUGGACCCUGGGGCCCUUCGUGCAGCUGCUGAGAGUGCUUGUAUGCCCCGCAGUGCCAGUUCGCUGCUCAUGGCCUUCAGGGAUGUCACUGUUCACAUUGACAGCAAUAGCUCCUACACCAUCUCUUCUGCUACCACCACCACAACCACCUCUCUGGGCAACACAUGCGGAGGAGAGCUCGGUAAUAGGAAGGCCUCUGUUAGUGGGACAGCUGGGGGAGGAGAUGGCCAGUUGGCAGAGGGUGCAGAGCCAGAGUUUCCCGCACCUCCUCCCAGUGAGGAGCUGGAAAAGAUUGAUCCAGGAUCCAGGAGGGGAUCAGCGGUGCCAGCUCCGGGAGGAAGAGGGACAGAGGGGGAGAGCAGCUCAGACAGACUGGAGUCCACCUCCACUUCUACCUCUACGUCCACUUCCAUCUCCGCAGCCCAGUCUAACCAGCAGCCUGCCCAGAUCUAUACCCAGUACCAGCAGUACCACUACACUCAUCCUCAACAGAUCCCAGGAGGACCGAGCCCCGAGGCCCUGCAGGCCCUGGUCGUUUCUCUGCCCAGAGAUCGCUGUCAGGACCCAGCUUCCUGCCGCUCGCCAACCCUGUCCACAGACACACACCGCAAACGCCUGUACCGUAUAGGACUCAACCUCUUCAAUGUGAACCCAGAAAGAGGCAUCCACUUCCUGAUCACACGUGGUUUCGUCCCAGACACGGCUAUUGGAGUGGCUCACUUCCUGCUGCAGAGGAAGGGCCUGAGCAGACAGAUGAUUGGAGAGUUCUUGGGAAACAGCAAGCUGCAAUUCAACAGAGACGUUCUUGAUUGUGUUGUGGAUGAGAUGGAUUUUUCAGGCAUGGAGCUCGACGAAGCCCUGAGAAAGUUCCAGGCUCAUGUUCGUGUUCAGGGAGAAGCACAGAAAGUGGAGAGACUCAUCGAAGCCUUUAGCCAGCGGUACUGUAUGUGUAACCCUGAUGUGGUGCAGCAGUUUCACAACCCAGACACCAUCUUCAUCCUGGCCUUUGCUGUAGUCCUCCUCAACACUGACAUGUACUCGCCCAACAUCAAACCCCAGCGCAAAAUGGGCCUUGAUGACUUCAUACGCAACCUAAGAGGUGUGGACGAUGGAGCAGAUAUACCCAGAGAGAUGGUGGCAGGCAUUUAUGAAAGAAUCCAACAGAGAGAGCUUCGCUCCAAUGAAGACCAUGUCACCUAUGUGAGCCGUGUGGAACAGUCCAUCCUGGGCCUGAAAACUAUCCUUGCUGUGCCCCACAGACGUCUGGUUUGCUGCUGUCGUCUGUUUGAGGUGCCUGAUGCCAACAAGCCUCAUAAACAGAAACUGUCCCAGCUCCAGAGAGAGGUCUUCCUCUUCAAUGACCUGCUGCUGAUCCUGAAGCUGUGUCCCAAGAAGAAAAGCUCAGCUUCUUACACCUUCUGUAAAGCUAUGGGUCUUCUAGGAAUGCAGUUUCACCUCUUCAGCAAUGAAUAUUAUGCCCAUGGCAUCACCAUGCUGAGCCCGUUUACCUCAGAGAAGAAGCAGCUGGUGAGUUUCUGCUCCCCCAGCGGAGAGGAGCUCAGGAAGUUUGCAGAGGAGCUCCGAGAGGCCAUCACAGAGGUCAACGAGAUGGAGCAGAUACACAUCCAGUGGGAAUUGGAGAGGCAGCAAGGUAUUCAGCCACAUGGCGUACACACCAAUGGCGGGCAAGUGGACACACACACAGGACACGGCUCUCCCUCAGGCCAACAGGAUGUGUAUGAUAAAACCGGCAACAACAAUACAGUAGAGGUGUCAAUUCACAACAGGCUGCAGACCUAUCAACUGAGCCAGCCCAGCAUUGAGUCCACACCUCUGGCCCUGGCUGCACCGCCUGCUCUGCUCAGCCCCGUCCAGCCCGGAGAACUCCGCCCAGAAACACUCAUCCAGUGCCAGCAGAUCGUCAAAGUGAUCGUCGUGGACCAGAGCGGACGGGGGCGGAUGGAGGCCUUCCUCAGCCAAGGCCCAGCCACCCACCAGCUCAUCCAGUCGGCCAUGUCAACACCUGUGCAUGUCAGAGAGGGAGACGGCCCUCAGCCCCCGCUGCCUCCUCCCCCUCCCCCUUACAAUCAUCCCCACCAGUUCUGUCCCCCUGACUCACCCAUGCCCCUCCACCACACCAUGCCUCUCAUCCGCAGGCGCAAUUCCAGUGGCUCCCGCAGCAUUGUCUGA